GUCCAUCCUCCUCCUCUCCCUCUCCAUCCCAUCGUCUAUCCCUUUCCAGACCCUUAUUGUAUUUCAUCAUUCCUAUCGUCUCAUAUCAAUAGAGUAUUGCUAGUUUUCUUUUGAUUCCCGUUCGUUAAGGUGCUGCUUUUCUGUUGCCGUUGUCGCCACCAUGAAGUCAACCUUGGUUACAGCCUCUGUGCUGUUGGGCUGUGCUUCCGCCGAGGUUCACAAGCUGAAGCUCAACAAGGUGCCCGUGUCCGAGCAAUUUAACUUGCACAACAUCGAUACCCAUGUGCAGGCUCUUGGCCAGAAGUACAUGGGAAUCCGUCCCAACAUCAAGCAGGAUCUCCUCAAUGAGAACCCGAUCAAUGACAUGGGACGUCAUGAUGUCCUUGUUGACAACUUCUUGAAUGCACAAUACUUCUCCGAAAUCGAGAUCGGUACCCCCCCACAGAAGUUCAAGGUAGUCCUUGACACUGGCAGCUCAAACCUAUGGGUGCCCUCCUCGGAGUGUGGCUCUAUCGCCUGCUAUUUGCAUAACAAGUACGACUCAUCCUCGUCGUCCACGUACCAGAAGAAUGGCAGCGAAUUUGCCAUCAAGUAUGGCUCCGGCAGCCUGAGUGGAUUUGUUUCUCAGGAUACUCUCAAGAUCGGUGACCUGAAGGUGAAGGAUCAACUGUUCGCCGAGGCGACUAGUGAGCCCGGUCUUGCUUUUGCCUUUGGCCGCUUUGAUGGUAUUCUCGGGUUGGGAUUUGACACAAUUUCUGUCAACAAAAUCCCUCCCCCCUUCUAUAGCAUGCUCGACCAGGGCCUCCUCGACGAGCCAGUCUUUGCUUUUUACCUUGGAGACGCUAACAAGGAAGGCGAUGACUCCGUAGCGACAUUCGGCGGUGUUGACAAGGAUCAUUACACUGGCGAGUUGAUCAAGAUCCCCCUCCGCCGCAAGGCUUACUGGGAGGUUGACCUUGAUGCUAUUGCCCUUGGCGAUAGCGUCGCUGAGCUCGAUAACACCGGUGUCAUUCUGGAUACUGGCACUUCCCUCAUCGCCCUGCCGACCACCCUUGCCGAGCUUAUUAACAAGGAAAUUGGUGCUAAGAAGGGCUUCACCGGCCAAUACUCGGUUGACUGUGACAAGCGUGACUCUUUGCCUGACCUCACAUUCACCCUGAGCGGAUACAACUUCACCAUCGGUCCCUACGACUACACUCUUGAAGUCCAGGGAUCUUGCAUCAGCGCCUUCAUGGGCAUGGACUUCCCUGAACCCGUUGGCCCCUUGGCCAUCCUGGGUGAUGCGUUCCUCAGGAAGUGGUACAGUGUGUACGACCUCGGCAACGGUGCUGUCGGCCUGGCCAAGGCUAAGUAACCAAGUAAUCUACCAUGUUAUGUUUUAUUGAUUGCUUGUGUAUGAAUUACAAUGGUACAUGAUAGCCUGGCUCGGUAGUUAGUUGGCCUUUUCAGUUGCGGGAAAUCGGCAAAGACUCGUUUGCUCAUGACCUCAAUCCUGUUUGUUAUUGAUAUUUUUUGUAUGACUCAGUGAGUCGCUGGCUAUGCUCUAAUGACAUUCAAACUGGAUGCCGAUAGUUC